UAUUUACUCUAUGGUUUGGAGCGUAUUCCAUAAUGUAAAGUAAGAGUUGUGUUAUUUCUGUUAUGUUUGGAAAUAAUCUUAUUCCCGUUGUUUACUUUUUAAGUAUACAUUAUUGAUGCUGACUAGACAGAAAAACGUAUCACUUUUCUAUUGCAAAGCAAAAUUUUGGCGACAAUAAUUUAAUAUGAUUGAGAUUUUCUGCUUGUAUAUUAAAUCAACUUCGUUUUCGUUUUGAAGUUGGUGUUACUGGGAUGAUCUGCUGUAUUUAUUAAUUUUUUUUUAAUUGAAAUCUUCAACUAAAGAAUACAAAUAAGUGACUAUGGGUCAGAACCAGUCGGGUGGAGGUAGUUCGGGAGGGGAGAAGAGAGAUGACAAGGACAAGAAGAAGAAGUACGAGCCCCCCAUCCCCACUCGAGUGGGGAAGAAGAAACGGAGGACCAAGGGGCCCGAUGCUGCGAUGAAGUUGCCUCAAGUGACCCCACAUACAAGAUGCAGGCUUCGCUUACUGAAACUGGAGCGCAUAAAAGACUACUUGCUAAUGGAAGAAGAAUUCAUCCGUAAUCAGGAAAGACUGAAGCCUCAAGAGGAAAAGAUUGAGGAGGAGAGGUCGAAGGUGGACGACCUGCGUGGGACGCCCAUGUCGGUGGGGACGCUCGAGGAGAUAAUCGACGACAACCACGCCAUCGUGUCGACCUCGGUGGGCAGCGAGCACUACGUCAGUAUUCUGUCCUUCGUGGACAAGGACCAGCUCGAGCCGGGCUGCUCGGUGCUCCUCAACCACAAGGUUCACGCUGUUGUUGGAGUUCUUUCAGAUGACACUGAUCCUAUGGUCACUGUUAUGAAGCUUGAGAAAGCGCCUCAAGAAACCUAUGCUGAUAUAGGAGGUCUGGAUACCCAGAUCCAAGAGAUAAAGGAGUCCGUGGAGCUACCUCUCACGCACCCCGAGUACUACGAGGAGAUGGGAAUCAAGCCUCCGAAGGGGGUGAUCUUGUACGGUCCACCGGGAACAGGGAAAACUCUGCUUGCCAAAGCAGUCGCCAACCAAACCUCUGCCACCUUUCUGCGUGUCGUCGGCUCGGAGCUUAUCCAAAAAUACUUGGGCGAUGGACCGAAGCUGGUUCGAGAGUUGUUUCGCGUGGCAGAGGAGCACGCGCCUUCCAUCGUGUUCAUAGACGAGAUAGACGCCGUCGGCACCAAGCGCUAUGACUCCAACUCCGGCGGCGAGCGGGAGAUCCAGAGGACUAUGCUGGAGCUGCUCAACCAGCUGGACGGCUUCGACUCCAGGGGCGACGUCAAGGUGGUGAUGGCAACAAACAGAAUUGAGACCUUGGAUCCGGCCCUGAUUCGUCCCGGUCGGAUCGACAGGAAGAUUGAGUUCCCUCUUCCUGACGAGAAGACGAAGCGACGGAUAUUCAACAUCCACACCUCGCGCAUGACCCUUGCGGAGGACGUGAACUUGGCAGAGCUCAUCAUGGCCAAGGACGACCUGUCUGGGGCCGACAUAAAGGCCAUCUGCACAGAAGCUGGGCUAAUGGCCUUGCGAGAGCGGAGGAUGAAGGUUACAAAUGAGGAUUUCCGAAAGUCUAAGGAGAGUGUGCUGUACAGGAAGAAAGAAGGAACUCCGGAAGGUCUAUAUUUGUAACAGUUUUGGAAUAUAAUUGAUGGUCUUAGUGUCUGUAUCUGCAGAGAAAAAUUCAUUAAAUAUUGAUUUUUUA